GGGGAGCGGCCUCGCGCGCGCGCGUGGAGGAGAGAGGGAGCGGGCGAGCGAGGCGGUUACGUGACGGUGGUGGGUGUCGCUGCCGUUGCUUUGUGAGCACAUUGGGCAGAUUUUCUAUUUUGUACAUACAUUGUUUUGUAUAUACUGUAUAUGAUGACUUCAGUGGGCAGUGAACGUACCCGGGGCACUCGGGACAAAAUGCAAAUUUCAACCACACAGCCAACACAACCACAGAAACAAGUAGUACAGGUGACAGCAGAACAGAUUCGCCUUGCUCAGAUGAUCUAUGAAAAGAACGACGCAGAUUUUGAAGAUAAAGUGAAACAACUUAUGGAAGUGACGGGGAAAAACCAAGAUGAGUGCAUAGUGGCACUACAUGAUUGUAAUGGGGAUGUGAACAGAGCAAUCAACAUACUGCUGGAAGGAAGUUCAGACACGACUUCUUGGGAGACUGUAGGGGGAAAGAAGAAAAGCCUUGGAAAGGAAAGUUCAGAAAACAAAGAGAAUAGAGAAAAACGAGGGGACAGAGAAGUGAGUCGUGGAUGGGGAAGUUCCAACAGACGGGGAAGAGGAGGCAGCCGUGGCCAAGAGUUUAGAGCUGAAGAGAAUGGAGUGGACAACAAUCAAGGAGACAGGCCUUCAGACCGUGGGAAACGUGGCCGUGGGAGAGGGUUUGGACAUGGCAGAAGGAGAGGAGCGGGGAGGUUUUCAGCCCAAGGCAUGGGGACAUUUAACCCUGCAGACUAUACGGAGUCUUCUGCCACUGAUGGCUUUGGGACAAAAUCAGAGAUUUGGGAGACUGGUCAGAAUGAUGCAGAUGAUGGAACUGAGCCAACACAGAGCAGAUGUUACCUUGCUCAGGACCUGCCAAAUAAUUUUGGAUUCCAAGGAGCAUGGAAAAACUCCAUAGAAGAAUGGACAGCAGAAGACUGGAAUGAAGAUCUUUCAGAAACAAAAGUCUUCACUGCUUCCUCUGUUCCAGCUGAGAAUCAUGUGACUACUGGGCAAAGCAUUGAUUUGGUAACACUGCUUCAAAAGCCUGUGACUUCUACCCAAGAGACAGAAGGCAACUCAUUUGAGGCUCCCCAGCAGCAGAGCUUUGGUCAAGCUCUAGUCUUCACAAAUUCUCAGCACAGCACCCAGAUGGCAUCAGGAACUGGCAGCUCCAGUGCUGUAAAUUCUUAUUCUCCUCAAAGUCUGUCUGCAGUUCUUUGUUCUGGCUUUGGAGAACUUGGAUCCUCUAAAUUGGCAAACUCUACUGGAUCCCAAAUCUUGGACCAAUUGAAAUCUCCAAGUUUGAGUCAGUUUACCUCUCAACAAAGCAGCAGUAGCUCUACCACCACUACCACAACUAUUACGUCAUCCUGGGAUCUAAAACUGCCCGCUACCCAGUCCUCAGUCCUCAGUAAGUUUGACUUUAAAUCCCAGCCUGAACCAUCCCCAGUUCUGAGCCAGCUGACCCAACGACAGAAACAACAAAUACAGGCAGUCCCUGUUCCUCCUCCUGGGCUGGAGUCAUCCUCCUCCCAGGUAAAAUUCCGUGAGCCAUCACCAGUAGACACCUCCACAGCUGUUAGCAAAAUAUUACAGCUCCCUGCUAUAUCUAUGGAUAACCAGGCAGUGACUGCCCAUCAAACCCAGCAGAAACAGAUAAAACCACCAAAACGGAGGAUAACUCCAGCAUCCAAGAUUCCUGCCUCUGCAGUGGAGAUGCCUGGGUCAGCGGAUGUGACAGGGUUAAAUGUUCAGUUUGGAGCUCUGGAGUUUGGAUCAGAGCCUGCACUCCCAGAGUUUGGAUCAACUUCAAGCAGUGAGAAUACCAGCCAGGCGACCAACAAUAGCUUGUACUCAAAAUCUGUAAAGUAUGCUGAUCCUUUGAAUACCUCUUUGCCAAUAUCCAAUACAGUACAGGAGUCCACCUACACAACCUCUGCCAUCACCUCUUCCAGUCUGACCUGCUCAUCCCAGAGCACUAGCCCAAUAACAACAACUUCCUCCUAUGACCAGACUUCUGUGCAUAGUAGAACAGCAUACCAAAGCUCCAUGGCUCCAUCUGAAUCAACCCCUGUUGCAGUUAUGAACAGGCACAGUGGUGUUAGAACACAGGCAACUCUUGACACUACUUCAUCAGUUCCAGUGCCUAAGACAGAGCCUUCUCCUUUGCUACCUUCUGCUGGUUCUCUGUCUAGCGUGGUAUCCACCACCGCUUCACUUCUGCCUUCAGCAUCGCAGCAUGCAGUGACAUUGCCCAGCUUGCCUCAGUCCAGUGAUUUGGCCAGCAGCUCACUUUCCCAGUUAAGCAGCUCCCUUUCCAAUCAUCAGAGCAGCCUCUCCCCUGCCUCAGUGUUGUCUUCAAGCACAUCACAUGCACACACUAGUGUUGAGAACACAACUUCGCUCCAGCCCUCAACCUUUUCAACUGUUUCAACCUCAGCCACUAGCACCACCUCUUCAGUUGUCAGCAUGGCAAGCAGUAUGAACACUACGAACAGCCUUGGCCUGAGCGUUACCAGUGUGUCUAUACCAGCUGCUACCACACGGGCAGCUCCCUUAGUGUCUUCAGGCAAAGCUCCCCCAAACCUGCCCCAAGGUGUACCACCCUUGUUGCAUAACCAGUAUAUUGUGGGACCUGGAGGACUUCUGCCUGCCUACCCACAGAUUUAUGGUUAUGAUGAUCUCCAAAUGCUUCAGUCCAGGCUGCCAAUGGAUUACUAUGGAAUUACAUUUUCUGCUCCUGCAACCUUAACAGGCAGAGAUGGGAGCCUUGCUAACAACCCAUACUCAGGUGACAUAACAAAAUUUGGCCGUGGGGAUUCUGCCUCCCCUGCUCCUGCUACCACGCUUGCCCAGCCGCAGCAGAACCAGACGCAGACUCACCAUACAACUCAGCAGCCCUUCCUCAACCCAACCCUGCCCCCGGGGUACAGCUACACUGGGUUACCUUAUUAUGCUGGUGUGCCCGGCAUACCCAGUGCAUUCCAGUAUGGGCCAACCAUGUUUGUACCUUCAGCAUCUGCUAAACAGCAUGGAGUCAACCUGAACACAACAUCGACUCCUUUCCAGCAAACGAGUGGCUAUGGGCAGCAUGGCUAUGGAGCAGGCUAUGAUGACUUAACGCAGGGAACGGCAGCUGGAGAUUACAGUAAAGGAGGCUACAGUGGGUCAUCUCAAGCACAAAACAAAUCUGCUGGCACUGGACCUGGGAAAGGUGUUUCUGUGACCUCAAGUAACACAGGUGUGCCUGAUAUCAGUGGCUCAGUCUAUAACAAGACUCAGACAUUUGACAAGCAGGGAUUCCACACUGGCACACCACCUCCUUUCAGCCUGCCCUCUGCUCUUGGAUCGACUGGGCCCCUGAACCCUGGUGCUGCCCCAGGUUAUGCUCCAGCCCCAUUUCUCCAUAUCCUGCCAGCGCAUCAGCAGCCUCAUUCCCAGAUGCUGCAUCACCAUCUCCAGCAAGAUGGGCAGGGUGGAUCUGGCCAACGCAACCAACCCAGCACCAUGCAGCAAAAGGCUCAGACUACCAAAACUGCCUAUGGCACUUCUCCAUACUGGACAAACUAAAUCUGAAACCAGGGAGGGGGUAGGAAAUGAAAAGAGAGGAAGAGAAAAGAAAAAGAAAAUAUGAAGCCCAUUCCUAGAAUUACUAGGAAAAGACACAACUGCUCAGCCAAACAUCUGUGUGGGGAGAACUGCAGCCAGCUGUCCUCUGUGUGACUUGCCUGCUUCCUCUCUGAUUUGCUGUUUUAUGCAAUAUAUUUAUGUAUGUAUUUGUAAAUGUAAUAGAGCCUAAAUGUGGUUUUCUGCAUCUUUGCAGCCUGUUUUAUUUUCUUUGUAGGAAAACUAAUUAUUCAUCUCCCAUCUGCAGCCAGGGCAUCCUUCCUUAUUUUUUUAAGCUUUGUAACUCUGACAAAGACAGGCCACCAUUUUUUUUGGGCUGGAGCCCAUUUAGUUAAUGCAGUUCUAAAUUCAGUCAAAUAAGGAGACCUGAUCCCCCUAAAAAAAAAAGCAAGAUGUGUCCUGUUGGUUUGAUAUCUGCCUUCAGUCCCCAAUAUAGCUGUUAUGUUAAAAAGAAGGGGAAAAAAAAUGUGUGUUGGGCCUUCCCUGUCUUUUUUGUCUCUUCCAUCCUGCUGUGGAAGAUGAACUCUUGUGGGCAGUUUUGUCACUGUAGCCCUGGGCUGCAGCAUGACCUCUUUAUUUUUCAAUUUUUGAACAACAAUAAAGUGGGGUGGUUUUGUUUGUUUCCCUAGCAAGAGCCUUUGGAUGGCUCAGUGUGUCCUGGAACCUCCUUUGCAGCAUUAGAGGCAAAAACAAUGUAGUGGUUUCUUAAGUAUAAGCUGUCUUGUACCUCUUUUUGCCCAGGAAAGCCAGAGCUAUUGGAUAGAAACUUCACUUUAAAACAAAGACCCUGGAGGCAACUCCUGGUCCUUCUUGUCCUGCACCAGUGCAGUAAAUGUUUUAGGAGUUUCAUUUCUUUUUAGCCCUUCCUCCACCUAAUAAAGAUUUAAUUCUA